CCGACCCGCACUCUCUCCUCCUGCCCCUGACAGGAAGAUGGUACCGUGCACAGAGCUUCCUGCACGUGAACCGAAGGCGUCACUCACCGACUCGCUGCGGGACUUUUGAACUCACCAUGCCGUGCUACGCUAGGAUUCUCUUCAUAGUUUUGUGUCUGAUCCUGCUCGGGGAGUGCAGGAAACACCGGAGUCGGAAAAAGCGCUGGUCCGCGCCGGCAGAGAGUCACAAGCCCGGCACUCCUCUGUCCAAGAAAGUUGCUGAUGGAACCAAAUCCAAAAAGCUGAAGACCAGCCAUCUUCUGCGUAUUGAUGAACAUGACUUCACCAUGAGGCCGGCCUUCGCAGGUCCAGCUGUCCCUGUUGGAGUGGAUGUCCAGGUGGAGAGCUUGGACAGCAUAUCAGAGGUGGACAUGGACUUCACCAUGACCCUGUAUCUGAGGCACUACUGGAAGGACGAGAGGCUGGCCUUCCCCAGCACCACCAACAAGAGCAUGACCUUUGAUGGGCGCCUGGUGAAGAAGAUCUGGGUGCCCGAUGUGUUCUUCGUCCACUCCAAGAGGUCCUUCAUCCACGACACCACCACUGAAAACAUCAUGCUGCGGGUGUUCCCUGACGGUCACGUCCUGUACAGCCUGAGGGUCACAGUGACUGCUGCGUGCAACAUGGAUUUCAGUCGCUUCCCUUUGGACUCGCAGACGUGCACGCUGGAGCUGGAGAGCUAUGCUUACACAGAUGAAGACCUGAUGCUGUACUGGAAGAGCGGUGAUGAGUCUCUGAGCACCGACGACAGGAUCUCUCUGUCUCAGUUCCUCAUCCAGAAGUUCCACACCUCUUCCAGACUGGCUUUCUACAGCAGCACAGGCUGGUACAACCGUCUGUACAUCAACUUCACCCUGCGGCGCCACAUCUUCUUCUUCCUGCUGCAGACCUACUUUCCUGCCACUCUGAUGGUCAUGCUGUCCUGGGUGUCCUUCUGGAUCGACCGCAGGGCCGUCCCUGCCAGGGUCUCAUUAGGUAUAACCACGGUGCUCACCAUGUCCACCAUCAUCACUGGAGUCAACGCCUCCAUGCCCAGGGUGUCCUACAUAAAAGCUGUGGACGUUUACCUCUGGGUCAGUUUCGUCUUUGUCUUCCUGUCGGUGCUUGAAUACGCUGCCGUCAACUACCUGACGACGGUGAGGGACGGUAAAGACCGUAAGCUCAGAGAAAAAGCCAGGGAACAGAACCUGCCCUGCACCUGUGGCAUGUCCCACGGCAGAACCAUGAUGCUGGACGGAACGUACAGCGAGGCGGACGCCAACAGCCUGGCGGGGUACACACGGGGCUCCAUGGCGGCUGAUGAUGCAUCGGAAAAACCAGAGCGGAUAGUGGUGCAUCUCUCGCUGGACAACGAGCCUACAGAGACCAAGAAGAAGAAGGGCUUCCGGAUUAUCCAGAACACCCACGCCAUCGAUACCUCCUCUCGCAUGAUCUUCCCUGGCGCAUACGUCCUAUUUAACCUGAUCUACUGGUGUGUGUACUGCUGAGUGUCUG